AGCCCCCGAGGAGAAUGACGACUGCAUAUACACGUAAAAGAAUUAUUGAGAAUUUUACAUCCAAAAUUCUGUACGAUCCCAUACGAAUUUCAAAAAUGGCGAACACCAAAUUCCUGGUCGCUAGUGUUUUGUUCUGCCUCUGUAUCGAGGCCAUAUUGGCCAAGCCGCCCAAGACAUGCAUGGACCAGGGAGACGUUUUUGUGGCCGGUUCCAACAAGAGAAUCCAAGGAUGGACGAACGUCGGCGGCUGCACAUGCGAGAGAGCCAGGAAGGAGGCUGAUAAGCCAGGAAGGAUUGGAGGGUACAUUCCCCAGUGCGACGCAAGUGGCAAAUUUCAACGUCGGCAAGGUUGGGGUAGUACCGGCAGUUCAUGGUGUGUGGACGAUCGCGGAAACCAAAUCUCGGAAGUGAAACCACCGGGACGAAGCUCCAACGUCAAACUGAACUGCUAAACUACAAAUGCAUAUUUUGCUGUAAUGCGAACCUGUCUUCGUAAGGCGUGUUCUAUAUGCAACCUUUUGCACUCUCGAUGCUUCCGAAUUGCUUGCCCGGUAGCUUGUAAAUUUCUGAACUUCGAGUGCUUGACGUGCCGCGUAUAAAAUUUACGACAGCGUAAGUUAAUUCGUGUACAAUGUUAA